AGGCUGGGGCAUCUUUGCAACCUCCUUCGGGUGGGCUGAUCUGAGGGCAGGGGAUGGCGGAGGGAUCAGGCCCCAAGAGGUCCUCUUCUCUGCUGGCCGUGGGCGCCGGGUGGGCCGAAGCCCUGGGCCAGGCCCUGGUGGUUUUCUGGAGCAACCAGUACGCUUGGCUGCUGGGGGUGCCAGGCCUCCGUCGCGCUUACCACCUCUGGCUGGCGGCUGUGGUCAUUUUCGGCCCCCUCCUUCAGUUCUACGUGGAUCCCCGGGCAAUCUUUGCCAAUCAUCACAACUUCUUUAACAUAAAAUUUGUCAGGUCUGCCUGGGGCUGGACCUGCAUCUUUCUAGGCGGCUUCAUCCUGCUGGUGGUCUACCUGCCCACCCACCAGGUCCUGCUCACUGCCCGGCACCUCACCCGCUUGGCGGUGGGGGCCGGCCUCUGGCUGGGGGCCACCAAAGCCUUCCUGCUGAUCGAGAACCUCACUGGCUACUGCUUUGACCCCAUGCCGGAGGGCCUCCUGGUCAACAGCCUCCCGGACAAGUGGACGUGCCUGCACGAGGGCCACAAGUGGCACGGGUACGACGUCUCGGACCACACCUUCCUGCUCACUUUCUGCUGCCUGCUCAUGGUGGAGGAGAUGGCCGUCUUCCGGCGCUACCUGGCCCAGGGGCACUCUGCCGGGCUCCCCCUGCGCCUCAUCUUCCUCCUCAACAUCCUCCUCCUCCUCCUCUGGAACUUCCUGCUGGCCUGCACGGUGGUGUACCUCUACGAUUACAGCCACAAAGUCGUGGGCGCUGCCAUCGCCACCCUAUGCUGGUUCCUCACCUACAGGUGCUGGUACCGCUGCCCCUGCUCCCCAGGGAGACCCGGGGCGGGCCUCUUUCUUCGGGGAACCCCAAGAGAGGCCACGAGGCAGAACUGA